AUGUUGAAUGUUUACAUGUUCACAUAUACAAACGUAUGGUUACAACUACCUGAUAUAUAUAAAUGUAUAUGUCCAUCAAGCUUUAUUCACAUUUCAAUAAUGAAACUCAUCUUAUUACUUGUACUAACUAUUUUGUUACUGUUCAAUGUAACUGAAUCAAAAUCGAGUCAACAGGAACUAAUUAUUGAAAGUGUCAAAUUAUGGAAUUCAAUUAAAGAACUUUGGAAGAGGUUUGAACAUAAGUGUCAAGAGAAAAUUCGAAAAUAUCUUGAGGAAGAUGAUUUAGGUGAAAAAAUAGCCGCUGUUUUACAAAUUUAUGUCAAGCGUUUAAACAGGCGUUUAGAUAUGCGUUUAUCAAUAGACAGACAAGAAUAA